AUGUGGUUUGCAUCGCCACCCGGUUACUACGCCAACCACACCCGCGCCGAGGCGCGCGCCCAGCUCGCGUCCCUCGAGCGCUUCUCGCGGCUUCUCGGCAGCUUCCCGAAGGCCAGUUGGCCCACCUCCGCGGCGGGCGCGGAUGUGCACCCCGUGUGGGGCCACGCGGCGCCGGCGGUGGCGGGUUAUGCUAAGUUGGCGCGCCUGCUGGUUGAGGAGGAGGUCAAGCGGGUCCGGGUGUGGAACGACCCGCUGGGGGACGCCAACGCGGGCGCGGCGCCGCCGGCGGCGGCGCCCUGGGCCGAGCUCGUCCCCCUGGCGUGGCAGGUGGACCCCCGGCUGGCGCUGGCCCUGCGGGACAGGUUCCCCUCCCUGGAGGGCGUGAGGCGCGGCCUGGAGGCGCUCGUGGUGGCGCACGCGGCGGAGCCUCGGGUGCAGCGGGAGCCGGCCGCGGCGCUGCUGCUCGCCGUCGCGCGGCCGCCCCCGCGCGGGCCGCCGCUGCUGCCGCUGCUGGCCGCGUGGGCGCCCGGGGACGCGGCCGAGGGGCUGCAGCUGCUGUGCGGGCCGGCGGCGCGGGAGCCGGCGGUGCGGUCGUAUGCCAUCAAGUGCCUGCUGAAUGAGAGGCCGGAGAAGGUGGUUUUCUACCUGCCGCAGCUCGUGCAGCUCCUCCGCGGCGACGACGGCGCCGUCGCCGGCUUCUUCGCGGCCGCCGCCGCCGCGUCUGACCUGUUCUGCCACCAGCUGAUAUGGGCGCUGGCGUCGGAGGCGCGGCCGCCGGAGGAGGCCUUUGAUCCAGAGGUCAAGAGGUCUGGGUGGCAGCCCCCGAAGGACACGGGGCUGUGGGAGGUGUCUCAGGCGGUGCGGCGUCAGAUCGAGGCGGGGAUGACGCGGGAGCAGCGGGAGUACUGGGAGGCACAGGGCGGGUAUUUUGAUAAGGUGACGUCACUCUCGGGCUACCUGUACAAAUUCUCGAAGGACGAGCGGCGGCUGAGGCUGGUGGAGGCCCUGAAAAAGUUCUCUCCGCCCCGUGACGAUCUAUACAUGCCCACCAACCCAGACGCGCGCGUCCUCGGCCACAUACCCGAGAGCGGCGCGUGCAUGCAAAGCGCGGCAAAGGCGAGGCCCCGGGCUCUGUCGCUCAUUGCUCGGCCGGGCUGGGACGGGCGCGGCGCGAGCGGGCGGGACUCAUGCUGUGCCCACGGCAAAGCCGCACCCCUAGUGCCGAUACUGGUCGCCUUCAAUGUCGAGCGGCCGCAGCUGGUGGAGGGGGCAGCAGCGGCGGCGGCGCUCGCGGCGCCCAGCGGCGGUGGCGGCGGGGAGGGGGGUGAUGGGGGGCCUGCCAUGGUGCGGAGCAAGCUGGCGUGCAUCUUCAAAGUGGGGGACGACGUCAGGCAGGACGUGGUGGCUUUGCAGGUCAUCACCCUGCUCCACGCCGCCUACAAGCGCGCGGGGCUGGGCCUGUACCUGCGCCCCUACGGCUGCCUGCCCACCGGCUACGAGUGCGGCAUCAUCGAGUGCGUCCCCAACUGCAAGUCGCGCGCAGCGCUGGGGGAGCUGAGCGACAGGCCAGCGACAGGUCUGUAA